CGAAUCUGUGUCGAUCUCCGGCGAAGUAAUAACCCUAAAAUCUUCCUCUUCUUUUUCGCCGCCGACUUAAGCUAUGAAGGUUUUUCAUCUUCACCGUGGAAACACUCUCUCUGUCUCCCUCUUCUCCAAUGUCACCAACUCCAAGGAGCUCUUGAAUUCAAUGCUUGAUGGAAGUCUGAAGCUUGAGGUCUCAUUUCUCAAUGCAUCACUUAUUCCAGACAUUUUUCCUCUCUUGGCUGCUGCUCAGAAAGCACUUAUCUCCAAAUCACGCGAUUCCUUAUCAACCAGAACUCUUCAUUCUGAGCUCGUUUACAAUUACUCGGGAUCUAAGCAUAUUACAGAAUCAUUGAAACGAUGUGGGAUUUCUGAAAGCACUACUUACAUUCUAGCUGCCCGGUUCAAUGCUUCUCCCGUUGAGAUGGAGGAGGUGGCGAAAUUGAUCAACGGGAAGGAGAUUGAUUUGGAGGAAUUGAAGACACAUGCAAAUCAAGCCCAAAUACUAAAGCAUUACAAGAUAACUAGCCAAGAACUCGGAAUUUCCUCUCUCGGAGAUGCCAUUGUUUGUCGGAUAGCUGCACGCGACGCUUUGUAAGAGGAGAUCUUUUCUUUAUUUCUUUUGUCACCAAUUAUUGUUUUCUCCUUUGUAAACAAAUUGGAAUCUUAGUU